UUUUGUGUGCACGUUUUUCUUGCUGUUUACAAAUUUUAUCAACUAGUUCGGUACCGAGUUGUCUACGUUUUUAGUAAAUAAAAUCUAAAUAAAUGCAAUAAAAUUUCACAUUGAAGUCAAUUGAACUUCCUGUAGAAAUUGUUAACUGUCCUAUAGAGCGUUGUACAUCAUGAACAAAUAUACUGGAUUCUGUGACCUGUGUGUGCCUUACAAUAGUUCCGUGAAAGAAUUGAAAGAAAUUCUGAAAGAGCUUCAGGACUUGGGAUACAAAAAUGUAGCAAUCGAACAAGUUUACGAUCACAUAAACAAUCCCGGUGAUAAGAAAAAUGAUCCUAUACCUGCCGCAGCAGAUUUAAGCAUACUUAGCAAGGAACUCAAAGGACACCUUCGACUGCUGAACCGUCUUACCAUCAUAUAUGCCGACAAUAGUGUAACGCUGAUCAUGAACCGUUCUGCAAACCUCCGGAGAUACCACCUGCUGUCUGUCGUACCAACCACCGAUGAUGCUUUCCAGCAUGCUUGUCAAACAGUAAAUUGCGACAUCAUUUCCUACAACAACGACACUGUUCGGGGAAAAAUGAGUAGAAAGUAUUAUUUUCUAGCCGUGAGUCGGAAUAUUAUGUUCGAAAUUAAGUAUGGUCCGGCAAUUAUCAAUUCCAAUCACCGAAAAGACAUCAUCAAUCGAGCUCAUCGAUAUCACUCCUAUGGAAAGUCGAAAAAUGUGAUAAUCACAAGCGAGGCAAGGAAUCGGUUCCAUGUAAGAGGACCAUACGAUAUAGCCAAUUUGGGUCUCAUUUUCGGUCUUAGCGAGGAACAAUCAAAGAACGCAAUUUUAGGAGCACCCCGAAAAAUUCUGAUUGCAGCUGAAGCACGAAGACUUGGCAAGGCGGGCUUAGCCAUCAGCUAUCGCCAGAAAGCGGUAGAUAGUGACGAUUACUCUGAUUCGGAACUAGAUGAGCCAAUAGAAGAUAGCGAUGAAGAGGAAGAGGAGGAGGGAGAAGAUGAAGAAGAAAAGAGUGGCGAAGAUGAAUCCAUGCAGGAUGAAACCAAUAUCGAACCACCAAAGAAAGUAGCGAAAUAUGAAAUACUUUGAAAUUUAUAA